GGUGUCUCUCUGUGCUGUUGUUGCCUUUGAAUAAAAAGACUCAUAUCAGUGAAGUUAAGUCAAAUGCCUUUUCUGAGCUGUAAUCAUAGAGUGGGAGUGUGCCUUUUGGGAGGAAUUUGCCGGCCUUUUUGUGUAUGCCUCAUUGUAUCAGAGGAUGUGUUAUAAUUUUGAGUUUAUAAAGGUAGACAGGUUGAAAUCAGUUAAAUAUUAUUUUCAUUGCAAAGUUCCAACAGGUUUCAGUUCUCCUAACUGCGUCACUACAUAAUGCUGACUUCCUGAGCUUUGGCCUUGGAUGGGGAAGUCUCAUAGGUAUACUGAUAACUAUUUAUAUAUUUCCUGCUGCAGGAAGAAUAUCAGUGACCAGUAGAGGAUACUGGGUAUCUUGCCGUUGAAGGCAGAGUUAUAUGCUUCAAAGUGGCUAAAAAUGUCAAAAGUUAAAUGUUGCUUAAAUUAUUUUGUAAAAAGGGAGGUAUACCAAGUAAAUAGUUACAACGUAGUGUUUAGACUUUCAGUUCCUUGUAUUUACUGAGUACUGCUACUGAAGCUGGCGCUGAUAGUUCACUUUUUUCAUUUAGGAAAUAGUCUUCCAUUAAAAUGCAUGUUAGAAAUGGGCUAGGUGAAUUGGAGAGGGACUUAGAGAAAGGGUAGGACAUGGAGGAUCUAGUGAUGCCACAGGACAGUGGACUGUUUAGCCAUUUUUAUCACAAGCACUGUAGGAGUUCAUUUGCUGAAACUGGAGCAGUGACAAGUUGGGUAGGGAACUCUGGCGUUAAGAUCUCAGCUUAUUGCUCUGGCAUACGUUACUUUUCUGUAAGUCAUGUGACAAUAUAGGCAUAUCAGGAAAAGCCAGUACUUUUCCUGGAACUUUAGAGCUCACAGCUGUCCUUUCACUUUUUUCAGAGUUAUUUCGGCGGUCCUUCAGCUUGUCUUUUCCAUAUCCAAAUCCUGAUGGAAAAUGAGCACAAAUAUCCACAAACUCCUUUUUCGCGUUUCUGAGGCACUGGUCGAGGAUGACCUGGCAGCUCUCAAGUUCCUCAGCCUGGAGCACAUCCCCUUGAGGAAGCAGGAAGCCAUUCAGGAGCCCAAGGCCUUCUUCCAAGCGCUGCAGGAGAAAGGCCUGAUCGAGGUGGGGAAUCUGGCCUUCCUGAAGGAGCUGAUCUACCGGAUCAAUCGCAUGGACAUCCUGGGUAAACUCCUGCUCUCCAGCCGAGAGGAGAUGGAGAGGGAGCUUCAGAUCCCAGGCAAGGCAAAGGUGUCAGCCUACAGGCAACUGCUAUAUGGAAUUGCGGAAGACUUAACUCCAGAAGAUGUCGACAGCGUGAAAUUCCUGCUGCAAAAACAAAUACCAAAGAGCAAGCUCCAGGAUAAUGCUCCAAUGUUGACGGUCUUACUGGAAAUGGAAAGAAAUGGAGUAAUUAAAGAAGAUGAUGUGACGACGCUGAAGGAUAUAUUAAAGGGAUUUAGAGCUGACCUAAAGAAAAAAAUCGAUACCUAUGAAGAAGAAACAAAAGGGAAUGUUUCUGAGGAAAAGCUCUGCUAUCCAACAUGCAUGUCUGUGAAUCCGGCAGGACAAGGAGCAGAGGAGGGAACACAAGCACGCCUGCUUGUGGAAUCAUAUAGGAUGGAAAAUAACCCCCAUGGUUACUGUGUGAUUCUUAACAACUACAUUUUUAAAAAUCCUGAAGGCAUGAGGAAAGGAACAGUGAAAGAUGGAGAGGCGCUGAAGAGAGUCUUUAAGUGGCUUCAAUUUGAGACAGUUGAGUACAUGGAUCUAGAAGCAAACCAAAUGUAUGCAAAAGUUAAAGAAUACAGCAAGAAAGAUCAUAGCAAAAUGGACUGUUUUGUUUGCUUCGUCCUUUCACAUGGUGAAAAAGACAAAAUAAAAGGCGUUGAUGGGGAGUUUGUAAAUAUUAAAGAUUUGCUCUCUUGCUUUAGUGGAUCUAACUGUCCUUCUCUUGCUGGAAAACCCAAGCUGUUUUUCAUCCAGGCUUGCCAAGGGUCUGUAGGUCAUCCAGCUGUCACAUUAAAAGAAGACUUUUCUGACCAUCUUGAGACAGACGCUGUUCCUCUGGUUUCCAUUCCCGACCAGGCUGAUAUUCUGGUUGGCAUGGCUACUGUGGAAGACUUUGAGUGCUACCGCCACGCAAAGACAGGCAGUAUUUACAUUCAGUGCCUCUGUGACAAAAUGGAGUUGCUUUGCCCGCUGCGCAAGGACCUGGUAACCAUCCUGACAGAAGUGAACAAGGAAGUGGGAAGAGCAGUACUAAAUGGAUGGAAGCAGAUGCCAAAGAUAUCAUCAACCCUAAGGAAGCAGUUGAUCUUCCAAAUUCCACAGUCCCAGUCAACUGAAAAUUAGAAAAAUAAGGACACGGUCAAUUAGGAAUCACUCUGGAAGGCGUCUCCUCAUGGAAUUCAAGAGAAUUUGCAAGAGGAAUUAUCUGCAUCUAUGUAGUUAGUUCACAAUCCUGCAAGGGGCCGCGUGGCCUCAAUUUUCUGAUUCCCAUGCUUAUUCAGUCUCCUGGCACCUGAGUUUGUAGCAGCCUAGUAGAGCAGGGGAGAAGUACGGACCUGCUUUCCUGUCCUGCAGAAGCAGUGUAGUCUGUUCAGUCCUUGUUUCGAGUGAGGAAGCAUUUCCGAGCAGUAUGAUUCUUAAGCGUUGUUGGAAAUGUCAGUGGAAAUACUAUUUUCAGUCUGUGUUGUUAAGAGAAUACAUCCUUGAAAUCUGAAGAAAACAGCAAUUAGAUGCAGAGUGCAAGGAUCGCUUCCCAGGGAGUCCAAGUAAGGUUUUAACAGAUACAUCAGCAGUGAAUCAUGGGCUAUCUGGAAGCUGUAUUCUUCACAAAAAAUAAUGUCUCUGCCAAGAAGGACCAAAAAGAGGUGGUGAUGACAACAAUCAUGAUACAAGUCUGCACUUCUCUGAUUCUUUCCCUCCAAAGUUUUAUUUGCUUCCUGUUAUUAAUUAACUCAGUUAAAAAGCACUGAGAUUUGUAAGUUUUUUUUGAUAAUAUGGGUUCUGAUUGUGGUUUUUUUUUUUUUCUUGGCGCGCUUAAGGGCAGUCUGUAUUGAAUAACUGUCAGACAUGUGGAAGGAAGGUCUCACUCCUUUAGAACCACAGUUCUGAGAUGGCUUCCCCUCCUGGCAACUGACUCUAGGUGCCAUGGGCUUUUUGUAAUAAAUACGCCUGGUUUCUCUGUCA